ACACCAUCCAGACUGCUGCAAACCGUCAGCAAUAUGGCGCACAUGCUCGAUGCGCUCGUAUAUACGUACAUUGACAUGGCCAGCCUUUGCAUUUCUCUUCUGAUGGACAGGUACAUGUGAGAGGUCUUUUCCCCUAGAAUCCUCCCCUUCUUUCAUUCACGUAGUUCACUUGCACGAAGAAACACCAUCUACCAUUGCCAAACACAGAUCACUCAGAACAGUUCUGCACUGAGAGACCCUAGUGAAUCCCUUCGAUAUGGCCUCAAGAUCCAUCCUCGCUUCCAUAUCGCUCUCUUCAUUACUGCUCCUAGCCAAUGCCCGUCCUUUGAUCCCACACUCGAUUGACCGAAGAAGUCCUGCCUCCUACUCAGUUGUCGCGGUAGACGGAGGUAGCACCGGAGGCAGUGAUGCACCAGCAACCACCGUCACCGAUGCCGUAACAAUGACACAGACAGUGAUGGCAACACAACUGUCAACCGUCGUGAUCACAGAAUCAGAGACACCCUCGACGAUAAUCUUGACCGUCACAUCUGCAUCGCCAACAACCAUUACCGAGUACCCGCCAGCAUCGACGGAGGUCGUGACAGCAACGCCAGAAAUUCCUGCGCCCACGUCAAGUGCCGCCUUCUCCAGCACAUCAGUGGAAACAUCGACACACUCCACAAUACCUUAUCCCUCGAGCAGUACAGCCGAGUCCGCCGUCCCUGUUACAGUCACCGUGACACAGUCACAACAGUCACAACCAUCAGUACAGCCUUAUGAUGAUGGAAUGUGGCAUACUUGGUAUUUUUAUACAGUCACAUCUAGCACAUCGGAAACCCAGUGGGCCCCGACCUCGACAUCGCAAGAGAGCGCGUUGCCGUAUUGGACAUCAGAGAGCAAUAGUUGGACUUCAUCCACCACUCAGAACACGUGGAGUCCGACCACAACUUCCGAGAGCUCGUGGACUACCUCCACCACGUCUGAAGCCUCUUGGUCUCCUACCACAACCUCCAGGAGCACAUGGACUACCUCCACCACGUCUGAAACCCCACGGGCUCCUAUUACAACCUCUGAGAGCACGUCGACGACCUCCUCCACGUCCGAAGCCACUUGGGCACCUUACACAACCUCUGAGAGCACGUCGACGACCUCCACCACGUCCGAGACCACCUGGGCACCUUCCACGACCUCUGAGAGGACGUCGACGACCUCCACCACGUCCGAGACCACCUGGGCUCCUAGCACGAGCACGACCUUUACCUCUGAGACCAUGUCGACUACCUCCACCACUGCAAGACCAUCGGCUGCCUCGACUACGCAAAAUCCGUGGACUAUUUCCUCAUCGAGUGAAAGCACCUCUAUCCCAACCACGGCUUCGGAGUCAAGCACGACAGCCGCACCUACAUCAAGCUCUUCAACCACACCCGAAUCUGCGACCGCUUCGGAGACCUACAAUGCUCUGUCGGCUGCCGUGUCAUCAUUCAGCAGCUUGACUCCUACCGGCACAAUGGGCUUCUUCGGCACUCCAACGGGAACUUGAUUCCGUAUGCAAGAAUUCCGGCUACUUGAAAGUUCAGCAGAUUGUAUGAUACAGACCUUUUUUAUUCAUCCACUACUUCGCAUAUCGAGACAACAACUUGUCGAGGGGUACAGACUCAAACAACAUCGGAAGCACGAAACAUUGGGAAUUUUACGGAAUGGUCCGUCAAGCGCGACUGGGCUAUAAUUUAUGAUAACAGGAUUUAGCGAUGGCGUUGGUGGGUUAUUUUGUAACACAUGCUAUAUAGUAUAGUUACGUGCAAAUGUACAGAUGGGCGGGGAAUUCGUCCAAGCACGCUGAUGGAUAAUGUGGUAACGACAUGGCAGAGUUAUGAGAAGUAUUCCGACAGGAAAAUGAACUGUAUUCUUCUGCCCUUUUCAUCCAGUCUCAAAUCUCAUGACAGUCCCAUUGAAUUGCCCACACUGCCAUAUUCGAUACAGCACUCUAGAGAAGCAU